AUGAAAGAACUUUUUGUCGGCUCUUGUUGCUGUACGUUCUGAAAUAUUUCCAGCGGACCCCAAUUUAUCGAAAAACAUUUUGUCUACAUUGAAACAACGUAAUCUGAGGAACAUUUAUGUUAUGUUUUCGACUUCAAAGUUACGUUUGUUCUAACAAAUAGUUGUCCAUACACAAGUCAGUUUGUUUCAAGCUGUUAAUGAUGACUGAAAAAGACUUGCUCCUUUCAACUGCGGUAUUUAUUAUCAGUGGUAAAAAGAGGAAAAAACAAAAUGUUAGAUUUAAAACGAGAUUAAACAUGCCAUAUGAAAUGUUACACGUCAACUUUUGAAAUACUAUAUUAUAUGCACUGAUCAUUGAAAACAAAAGAAUAUGAAUAUUUAUUCUUUAUUAACACCUAUAAUAUUAAUAGUGAACAUGACAUUAAUAAUAAUUGUCUGUACACUUUUAUUCGUUUUACUUACAUUACCAAUGUUAUUAAUAUAUUGGAGAAGAAUAUAUGCAAAAGAACGUACAAAUAGGAAACGAAAAGGAACUGUUGUUGCAUUUUUCCACCCAUAUUGUAAUGCAGGUGGCGGAGGUGAAAGAGUACUCUGGGCAGCUAUUAAAGCUAUACAAUCUAAAUAUCCAAAUAUACAUAUAGUCAUUUAUACCGGAGACUUGGAUGCUGAUCCUGAACAGAUUUUAAAUAGAUCACAAAAAUCAUUUAAUAUAAAAAUUCAAUCGAAUAUUAAAUUUAUAUAUCUUCAUAAACGUAAAUGGGUAGAAGCACAAAUGUAUCCUUAUUUCACACUUUUGGGUCAAAGUUUAGGAUCUAUAUGGUUGGGUAUUGAGGCAUUAAAUAAUUUAGUACCAGAUAUUUAUAUUGAUACAAUGGGUUAUGCUUUUACAUAUCCAUUAUUUAGAUAUAUAGGAGGUUGUAAAGUUGCAUCAUACACCCAUUAUCCUACAAUUUCAACGGAUAUGUUGAGACAUGUUUACAAACGUGUAAUAUCACAUAAUAAUCGUCGUAUAAUCGCAAGAAAUCCAUUUUUAUCAGCUGCGAAAAUUGCUUAUUAUAGAUUAUUUGCAUUGUUAUAUGGACUUGCUGGUAGGACAGCAGAGAUUGUAAUGGUGAAUUCUUCCUGGACAGAAGAACAUAUUAAUGCCAUUUGGAAAUGCCCUUUGCGGACUCACAGAAUCUACCCACCAACAAAUGUACAGCAUUUAACAUCUCUUCCACUUUUUGAUGAUACCAAAGAAGACAGUCAAAUUCGAAUAGUAUCUAUUGCACAAUUUAGGCCAGAAAAAAAUCAUCCUCUCAUGUUGAGAACAAUGUAUGAAUUAAGAUCGAUAGUUAAAGAGGAAGUAUGGGAAAAGAUACGCUUGGUAUUCAUUGGAUCUUGUAGAGAUAAAGGAGAUGAAGUACGUGUAAAAGACAUGCAAGACUUAUCUAAACAUUUUGCUUUGGAUGAAAAUGUUGAAUUUAAAUUGAAUAUACCUUAUUCUGAACUUGUAUCAGAACUACAAAAAGCAUCAAUAGGAUUGCAUGCAAUGUGGAACGAACAUUUUGGUAUCAGUAUAGUAGAAUGCAUGGCUACUGGAUUAAUUAUGAUAGCUCAUGAUUCUGGUGGACCAAGAGCGGAUAUAAUAGAAACGCAGCCUGGUAGUCAAACUGGUUUUUUAGCAGAAGAAGCAGAAGAAUAUGCGAAAAUAAUAGCACAUAUUAUAAAUAUGUAUCCUGAAGAUAAAAAGACUAUUAGACUAGCUGCAAGAGCAUCUGUUAGUCGAUUUUCUAGUGAAUUAUUCGAAUUAGAAGUUUUACGAGCUAUAGAACCUUUUUUUAGACAAAAACAAGAAUAAUAUUAAGAAUUUACAAACUAUACAUUUAUUUUAAAUAUUUAACACGAAUUACUAUCGUAAUAUAUUUUUAAUGUUAUUUUGUGAAAUUAUUGAUCAAUCCGCAUCCUUCACAUUCUAAAAUAUAGGAAGGUGAAUUUCCUACUCUUCCACUUUCUAAUAAAUGAAAACGAAGUCCACGGUUGCCUAACAUUA